UGGGUGUGGUCGGCGAUGGCGGCCCGUGUCCUCUGGGCCCGCGGCCUCUGGGCCUGCGCCCGCCGCCUCCCCGCCGCCCGCCAGGACCCCACCCCGACCCCGGCCCCGACCCCGGCCCCGACCCGGACCCUCAGCGGGGGCCCCGCCAUCGCCGUCACCCCCCGGCUCGGGAUGGCCCACGCCAACGCCGGAUACGCGCAGAUUUCCAGUACAUUCGUACAGUGGUCUCGCCAGUAUAGCGACUUACCACCUCUGACGUUGGAGUCCAUUAAGGAGCGCGUACUCUAUGUCUUGAAACUCUACGACAAGAUCGACCCAGAGAAGCUCUCGGUAUCUUCCCACUUCAUGAAAGACCUGGGCUUGGACAGUUUGGACCAAGUGGAAAUUAUAAUGGCCAUGGAAGAUGAAUUUGGGUUUGAAAUUCCUGACAUCGAUGCAGAAAAGCUAAUGUGUCCACAAGAGAUUGUAGAUUACAUUGCAGAUAAGAAGGAUGUGUACGAAUAAAUUUUUUUUCUUUGCAUUCAGGAAAUCCCUUUUCACUUAGAGGACUCGGAUGAUACCAGCGAAUGUCUGAAUGUGACAUCGCAUUGCAGUGCUGCUGCUUCUGUCAAGAGUAUUUCUGUUGGAAGUCAUAUUUAAAUUGUCUGAAUAUAUGUUGGCCUUUAAAAACGAUCAGAUAAUACCAGAA